GCCAAUGACCCGAGCCACCGGGCCUCCCCGCUGUUUUCCCUUCCAUUGCCUGCGCCUCUCUCGCUCGCCCUCCCCUCCUUUUCCCAAUAUGCUUUCGGCCGCUUUCCUCUCGCGGCGCCUGUUUUCCUCGACCGCCAAAACCGCGGUCAGUGCCGCUGCUUCGGCUGCUGUCCCCGCGGCCAAGGCUGUUGCCACACCCAACAUCCUGAACACUACAGUCGAGUUUGCCUGCAAUGAGGCGCAGAUCCCGGACUAUUCGCGUCUUGACAAGGCCCCCCUGCAGGAUCCGCGUGUCGGCUCGGUUGUGGGGACUCUCUUCUCCUCCCGUGGGCGCAUCACCGUUCCCCGGCAGUUUGUCGGCGGAGCUGCUGCCGCCGCAGUCGACAACAACACCAAGGACCGCAACCUCCACAUCCACAUCGAUGUCCACCGGCCUGUCGACUCGCUUCUCGCUGCUCUGGAGGCUGAAAACCAGCGAGUCACCCUGGGCGCCUUCGAUGCCCAUGGCAACCGGAUCAGUCGCGCCUCGGUGUUGGCUGAUGUCCUCGGCCCAGGGACCGACGGCGCGGUGACCAUUCGUCCCCUGACUGACAAGCCCGACGCGCCGGAGCUGCACCUCAACCUGCCGACCCUUGCGCACCGGACCCGCGAUGCUGAGAAGCUUCUUGCCGAGCUGAUCGCCGAGCGUGCCCCCCUGCUCGAGAUCAAGGAUCUUUGUGACCAGCGUGCCCAGAAGUUCUCGGACCGCCUGGUUAAGGCUGGUCUGGCCUUCAUCGUCGUCCAGUGGGGCGCUAUGAUGCGUCUCACCUGGUGGGACCUCUCCUGGGAUGUGAUGGAGCCGAUUGCCUACUUCCUGACCUUUGGUACCGGCAUCAUGGGCUACAUUUUCUACCUCGGCUCGCGCAAGGACUACACCUACGAGGCUCUGCACCAUGUCAGCACCUCUUCCCGCAAGGCCAAGCUCUACAACAAGGCCGGCCUGGAUACCGAGCGGCUGGUCGCGAUUGAGUCGGACAUCAACGUGAUCAAGCGUUCCAUGGAUCAUGUGAAGCUCGAGUACCUCACCUCCCGCUGGAAGUAAGCCAACCCUGGCCGCAAACGGACGGGGCGCUUUUUCUUCUGUGUCUGCGGGGGGGGGGGGGGACGACGGGUGGAUUCUCGAGGGGGCAGGGAGCCCCCCCCCCGUUGCUGCUCCUUGGCCAUUUUUGAACCUAGGGUCGAGCUGCUUGCGCGCGGGAGCCGGCACACAGGCUAUGCCUGUCCGGUCACUCGCGUUCGCACAUCCCCGUACCCCAUUUCCACCGUGUGUCUGUGUCUGUGUGCUUGUAUCUUGAUUGUCCCUGUAUACCAGAGUUUUUAUUUCAGGGCAGCAAGACUGGGGGCAAGGAGGGCUACUCCCUGUGCGUGCUCACACUCGCUCACUCAUGCCGAGCUACAGGCUGCUGCCAAAAAGGCCCGUGCGCAUAUGUUCUCGGCACCCAGACCCACCCCCCCCCCCC